AUGGCCUCCAAGAUCGUCAUCGUCCUUUGCUUCGCGCUGUUCGCAGCUGCUAUGAUUUGUUCAGAAGAAGAACUGGAAGAUGACCCUCAGUCAUCUGUCAAGAGGGAGGUAAAGUGCAAACCUCCUAAUUAUGGUUUUGCAAAUCACAACAGGCUUGGAUUUGCCUGUGCCACAUUUGAGUUGCUGUUAAAUUUAUCCCCAUUUGUGGAGUGGCUGAGGGUGUCAGAGCCUGGUGAGGGCUUUGUCACCAAGGCCAUCUUAGAAAUAUACGAUCAGAUGUCCAAACAGAUAGUAGAUGUGGAACUCCUAAAGUCUCGCAUCAAGUUGAUCCAUUUUGCAGGUUUUGAAUCUGGAGACCAUGAAGGCAAUGCUUGUCUUUUCUUGUCUGAUGUCAUUGACACAAUUGACGAGGAAAUGGAAGGAAUUCAUCAAAUUUUGGGUGGAGUCAUCAGAGUCAUAGAAAAUUGCUCAAGCUGUGGUAAUUUCACCCAAAACUUGCAUAAAAACACCAUGUAUCCAAUCCAUCUUGAUUCCAACAGCACUUCAGUUCAGCAAGGCAUAGAUGAGUAUAACAUGGUGCAGUUCAUCACUUGUGACAAAUGUCUCAAGGAGUUGAUGAUAAUUCAGAGUAUUGAGCAUGCGCCAAAUGUACUCAUUUUGAAAAUUGAAGAUCUUUUUGGGUCACCUAACAUAGACCUUUUUGUCGAGUUUGGAGGGGCCAAGUAUGAUCUCCAUGGUCUUGUGUUAAAGGACAGGCAGCAUUACCAAACCAUUGCUAAAAGCGGUCCAUACUGGUUCCAAUACAACGACUCAUCUGUUCGAUCCAUAAAAUUGGGACAACUAAUUUGCAAUGACAGCAUUAAAAGUAAGUUGUACAUGUGUGCCUAUGUCCGUGUGACUCCUGAAAAUAACAAUAUGACAGAGAAACCACCUCCAGUAUUGAAGAAAUAA